AUGGAUCCCGCCCUGGACCAGACCGAAUUGACCGAUAUUCACAAACGCCUCAUACAAGCCAGCAAGGAAUUAAGAGAACUGGUUGGAGGAAAACAAAAGUUGGAGGCUGGGGCCGAGGAAGACGACGGCUCGACCCGUGCAAUGCUCCAAGAGUUCGUCAUGCUGUGCAUGCUGACGAUGAGAGUUAUGUCAACUCUCACAGCGGUGGAGCCGGUGGCGUCGUCGGAGAAAGAGCUGAUAGCGAUGCAGGCAGAGCUCGCCUUCAAAGAAGGAUCCUUCCCCGCAGGAACGCCGUUGGACGAGCAGUGGUCGCUGACUGCGUUUCGAGAAUGUGAUUUGACUGUGUUCAUGUUUGUGGACGUGCUCGGAGAACUCAUCGGAGAGAAAGGGAAAGCCACCUGGUGGAUUGUUGAUUGUCCAAAAAUUGGGAAGAAGAUCUGGGUCAAGAACAAGAAGACAACGGAGCAGAAAAUGUAUAGCCACAGCGUUAUUCGAGUAGACAUUGGCGGCCGAAGCUAUAUUCUGGAUCCUACCGGCUGCCAGAUGGGUUGGUGGGAGCUUGUCUCUGACUUGGAGGGCUAUGUGGCCCGUCACAGCCAAAACGGCGAAGACUUGAUACCCGCCAACGUCAUAGAAGAGCAGAAGCAGUAUCCUGCUGGUUGUUUCGGCAUCGAAAUGCGCGCCGUCAUCAGGGAGGCAUUCAUGGAUUAUCAAGUUGACGAAACAGUGUUGAUUGACAAAUUAGUAGCCCUGUCACCAGAUGACCGGGCCGCAGAGUAUACAAAACUAUGGCUACAUGUUGCGGCAAGGCUACAAUGGAGGGACAAUGGACUGAGACGAUGGACCAUUGGCACCCCGAGACUAGGCGUCAAGCUGGGGUCUGUGCACGGGGCGGCCAUCCAUAAACUCCACUCUCACCCACUGCAAGCUUUUCAGCAGCAACACCUCGCUCAUCGCAUCACGACCCUGCCUAAACCGACAUCUUCUUGCACCCACGACGUGCCGCUGCCACCGUCUCCAUCUCCUCCUCAUCCGCCGCCUCUCCACCGCCUGUCUACCCUCUUUCCUUCUCUCUCCUCCCUCCCCUCCACCCCCGCACCACCAGAUAUGGCCAAAACCGAGACCUCCGGAGACGCCGAGCGCACCAAAGCCUUCGCCGAAGCCCUCAAAGGCCUCGAGCAGCUUGACAUAGAGCCGAAAGUCCCAAAUCUUGACCCGAAAGACUACAACACGGUACGCAUGACCGCCGAGUCCGUGAUCCGACUCUGCAAGGACGUCGUGCGCCGCGUCUCCUUCGCCAACGUCGAGGACAUCAUCAACGAUGAGCCUGCCGGCAACAUUCUGGGCGUGGCAAGGGACGCAAAGGUUGCGUUCACAGGCGGCUCGUUCCCCCCUGGGACCCCGGAGGAGCAGAAGAUGGCCCUAGUGGCAUACAGGCAGUGCGACCUGUCGGUGUCGUUGUGUGUGGAGCUCCUGCAGGAGAUCCUGGGGGGCGAGGUGCUGGUGGACUGGUGCACGUUCACGCCGCAAGAGAAGAAGAUCAAGAAAAUUUGGAUUAGUGACAAAGACUUCCCAGACUAUCAUAUAUUCCGACACAGCGUCAUCAUGUUUCGUGGGGGCAAGCUUUGCAUGAUAGCGGACCCGACGUACGAGCAACUGGGCUGCACUGUGUCAGUCCUUCCGGAAGUAGACUUCGAAAACGCGCACGAAUGCUACCUCAAUGCGGCGGAUAAAGAGACGGAAAUGCAGAUUUUCUCGGGGUUUUGGGCGGAAGUGAGAGAAGUUAUGGCACGUGGCGUGGUAGAGUGUUACGGAGAGAAGAAGAUGUUCCGCAAGAUGAAGAAGAUGGCGCCAGAGGAGAGACACGCUAUGCAGAAGGCGUUGACGGAGAAUGUUGGGGCGGCAGUGGUGGCUCUGAAGGACGCUUGGGCUCCAACUUUGGAGAAAUGGGGCCGGAAGGGGCUACGCGGAGAGAGGGUUUAG